AUGGCCUCACAGCCAGCACCUAGCGAUGGGGGGCAGCUGGAGUGCGGAGAGAAGUGCGAGGUGGCCAUCUCCAUAGCCGUGGUGGCGGAGCUGCGGCGCCUGCCCUCCGCCCGCGCCUUCCCUGCUAAGCGCCACCGUGGCUUCGGCUUUGUCUCGGGCGGCGCUGGUACCCUCCCCGCCUGCGGCUGCAGCAAGCUCGCCGCGCAGGCGGCUCUAGACCCCACCGCCUUCCUGCUGGCCGAGGCGGCCAGCCAGCUGUCGCACCUGGUCAAGCAGCACGUGCAGCGGCGCAUGCUGCGCACGGGGCGGCGCCCUGGGGGCGCCUCGCGCCUCGCCGACGACAGCGACACCAGCGGCAGCAGCUCGGAUGAGGACGUCACGGAGGCGGCGCCGCGGCGGCGGCUCCUGCUGGGCGACGAACCCAGCCAGCUGUGCAGCAGCAUGGGCGCCGCCGACAGCACCAGCGUCGCCUCCACCUCUGUCGGCGGCGGCGCCGGCAGCACCAGCCUGCCCGACAGCGGGCAGGUGUCGCUGGGCGCCAAGCGCGUGCGCAUGCAGCGCCAGUACGCAAUCGACCUGGCGGGGCAGUGCCUGCUGGGCGGGGAGCGCCUGCCGCUGCCGCCGCCGCCCGGACCGGCCAACUAG